AUGUCUACCAAGGCAGCUCUCAAAAGCAUCAAUGAUGCCGUGCGCGAGAAGAACUAUGAUGAUGCCAUUCAGAAAGCCCGGGAGUUGUUGAAAAAGGACCCUAAGCAUUACCAGGCGCAUAUCUUCCUGGGUUUCGCGUUGGAUCAGAAGAACAAACUGGAUGAGGCUGAGGCCAUCUACGAAGCAGCAGCCAAGCUGCGUCCUGAAGACGCACCGGCUUGGCAGGGCCUCAUCAAGCUGUAUGAGAAGCAAGGUGCCAAGAAGCUGCAGGAGUAUCACCGAGCCGCGGUCAGCCUGGCCCAAGUCUUUCACAAGGCGGAAGACAUGUACAAGUGCCAAGAUGUUGUUGACAAGUUUGUCGACUUUGCCCGAGCCCAUGGAGAUCAGUUACAGUACGCCGAUGCCUUGCGCAUCAGGCUCCCUGAGAGCCCCUUGUUUCCGAUACUCGAGGGCCGCUUCCCGCACCCCGCCAAGACGUACGAAAGCAUCGUUCUCAUCCUCGAGGCGUAUGAGAAGAAGACCAUCAACACGCUCAUUGGAGAGCGGCGGACGAGGCUGGGCGCAACGUUGACCGACGUCACCCUGGAGGUGAAGCGCGAGGUCUACCAAAAGAGCAACCUAGAGCACUUUUACCGGCAACUCAUCAACUGGACGACUGACGAUGAUGCGAGGAGAAACUACGAGGAAAAGUUGAUCCAGUACUGCUACGACCAUGUCGCCGUGGCGCCUGCGGGGCCGCAAAAGACAGCUGAACAGCAAAAGGUUCUCGGAUUGGCGAACGACAUGGUCAUCAUCAAGCACCCCUUCCGAUUGGCCUGGGAAAUUGCCAUCAACUGGCAGGAUAAGAAGGAGAUUCGUGACUACGACGUGGAUCUGCUGAGGAACUACUGCAGCUUCUUCCCGGAAACCGAUUUGUACAAGAUCAUCACCGGGUUUUUGACAAGCCACUUUUCUCCUUUCCCAUCACCGCCGCCAGAACCCAAAACGGCCGCCUCCCCCGAUAAUGAGACAUCGGAGGAUAGCGACGAGGAGGACGGUGGCGCGCCAACCUUUGUGGUCCCCCUGACCGAGGAAGAUCGGCUAAUCAUGAUGACUGACGGCAUCUCAACCUCGGAAUCCGUCUUUGGCUACAGACUCGUGGGGGAAUACUUACUGCGAUCCGGGGAGUACGAGUCCACGGUGGAGUUGAUGCGCAAGGCCAUGCCUUUCCUUGCCAAGGAAAAGCAAAGGAUUGGCAUGUCAUACCAGAACACGGAAGAUGCGUAUUCCAUCUCUCUUGCGACCGCGCUCAUCUACUAUCAGUCACCGAGACACCACCAAGAGGCCAAACGUCUGUUUGACAAAGUUUUGGAGCAUGAUGCAACGUCAACGCCUGCCAUGAUUGGCGUAGGCCUGAUCUUUGAGGAGGAGGAGGACUACGAAGAGGCGAUUGACUUCCUCACGCGCGCAUUGGCCCGAGACCGUUCAAAUCUGCGUGUCAAAUCCGAGGCUGCCUGGGUCAAGGCGCUUAGGGGAGAUUGGCAAACCGCUCUAGGAGAGUUGCAGGAGUGUGUGGAGCCGUUGGAAAAGCAAGGGGAAGCGGCCAAAGAGCUGUUGGCCGACACCCAGUACCGCAUCGGAAUGUGCAUCUGGAACCUGGAGACGGACCGCCAGUCUCGGAAGCGGAAGAAGGGCGAGUGUGCCUAUGCUUACUGGCUCAAGGCGCUGAACAACUCGCUGAACCAUGCCCCGACGUACACCAGCCUGGGCAUCUUCUACGCCGACUACGCAUCGGACAAGAAGCGGUCGAGGCGGUGCUUCACAAAAGCUCUGGAGCUGUCGUCGUCGGAAGUGACUGCGGCCGAACGGUUGGCCCGCUCCUUUGCAGACGAUGGCGACUGGGAUCGAGUGGAGCUGGUUGCUCAGCGCAUCAUCGACUCGGGCAAGGUGAAGCCUCCGCCGGGGUCUAAGCGGAAGGGUAUCAGCUGGCCAUUUGCGGCCCUUGGUGUUGCGGAACUGAACAAGCAAGACUUCCACAGGUCCAUUGUGUCGUUUCAAGCCGCCCUCAGAAUCUCCCCGAAUGACUACCACUCCUGGGUUGGACUCGGCGAGAGCUACCACAGCUCUGGACGCUACAUUGCAGCGACCAAGGCCAUCCUCAAUGCCAAGAAGUUGGAGGAGGAGUCCAAGGUGGACGUGUCUGCAGACACUUGGUUUACCAACUACAUGCUUGCUAACAUCAAGCGGGAACUGGGCGAGUUUGAUGAGGCUAUCACACUCUAUCAGACGGUUCUGGAGACCCAUGCCGAAGAGGAAGGAGUGAUUCUCGCGUUGAUGCAGACUAUGGUGGACAAUGCCGUCACGAGCGUGGAUAGAGGCCUGUUUGGGAAGGCGGUUCAUCUAGCCAUGGAUGCCAUUGACUUUGCCACAAAGAGAAGUGGCAGCGUUCUGGAAACCUUCAACUUCUGGAAGAGCAUCGCCGAGGCUUGCUCUAUAUUCAGUACGGUUCAGAGCCGAACGGCAGACUUUCCUCUCGACUCCAUCAAGCCGCUGCUGGAGUCUCGGCCACAAGAGGCUUUUGAUAUCCUCGCCAAUGUUGACAAGGUUGGCACCGAUGUCGUCUAUCAAAAAGUCGAGACAAACGAGCAUUUCAGCCUUGAGAUUGCGGCAUGCAUACACGCAACGAUCUUGAGCUACAAGCAGGCCAUCCACGUAUCGAGCGGCGAUAUUCACGCACAGGCCGUUGCGUACUAUAACCUGGGAUGGGCCGAAUAUCGGGCUCAUACAUGCCUGCCAUCACAGCUACGGAAGAAGCCGAGCCCCUACCUAAGGGCUGCUGUAAGAGCUUUCAAGCGAUCCAUUGAACUAGAGGCCAGCAAUGCGGAUUUCUGGAACUCCCUAGGAGUGGUGACGAGCGAAAUCAACCCUGCCAUUGCCCAGCACGCCUUUGUCAGAAGUCUGCACUUGAACGAGCGUAGUCCAGUGACUUGGACGAACUUGGGGACAUUGGCAUUGCUGUCAGGAGACUUGAAGCUCGCCAACGAAGCCUUUACGAGGGCCCAGUCAAACGACCCGGAUUAUGCGCAUGCCUGGCUCGGCCAGGGCUUUGUGGCACUCUUGCUCGGCGAGGCCAAGGAGGCCAGGAGCCUCUUUACACACGCCAUGGAGAUUUCGGAAUCGUCAUCGCUGCCUGCACGCCGUCAUUACUCGUCUUCGCUUUUUGAUCACAUCUUGACGGCACCGCUCAAUCUGAACGUGGCGUCGCUGAUCCAGCCGCUCUUUGCCGUGAACCAGGUGCAGAGCCUGCGGCCCGAUGAUUUGACCUUUGUGCACCUCGGAACCCUCCUGCAAGAGCGCACGGGCGAAAGUUCCCGCGCCGUCGCCACUCUGGAGAGGAUUUGCGAGAAGCUCGAGGCCAACUACGAAAAGACCGAGUCCGCUGAUGACCUCGCCAGGUUCACGCUGGCUCGGACAGACCUUGCGCGGGCAUACCUCGCCUCUGGAUCGUACGAGCAGGCCGUCGAGUGCGGCGAGAUGGCGCUAGGAUUGAGCGGCGACGAGAGCGAGAGCGAGCUGACGAGUGACCAGCGCAAGAAGGCCCGGCUGUCGGCGCACUUGACCGUUGGGCUUGCGCAGUACUAUCUCAAGGCGUAUGACGAUGCAGAGAAGUGCUUCGAGUCAGCGUUGGAAGAGUCCGACAACAAUCCUGACGCGACAUGCUUGCUCGCUCAGGUCCUAUGGGCCCAGGGCACCGAAGCCGCAAGAGAACGGGCGCGCAAUGCCCUGUUUGAGGUCAUUGAGAAGCAGCCCGAUCACGUACAGAGCGUGCUGCUCCUGGGCGUCAUCGCCCUGUUGGACCAGGACGAGGCAAGCCUGGAAGCCGUAGUCGAAGAGCUCCAAGGGCUGCGAACAAACGACAAGGUGACGGCCAAAGAGCAGUCCCGCAUCGGCCAAGUCCUGCGAGCCGUGGCCGCCCUCGGCGAAGGCAAGACACAGCAGGACAUGAUUUCGCAGGUGCAGACGGACAUUAUGCUCUAUCCUUACCUCCCACACGGCUGGUCAUCCCUUGCUGAAACAGCGGGAGAAGACGGCGACUAUCCGGCCGAGGUGUCGCUCAUGGUGGCGGCCAGGGGCAUUCCGCCGCGGGGGACGCUGGAAGCGCAUGACUUGGCCAAGGCGUAUGCCGGCACGGGCAGAGUUGCGGAUGCGCAGAGAGCGGCAUUCUUGGCUCCUUGGGAGGGAGCUGGUUGGAGUGCUUUGGAAAUUAGCGUUGAGGGCAUGUGA